AUGGGAGAACGGAAGCUUCAUAAUUUCCUCGCUAUUCUCAUUUUCACAUCCUGCACCAUGGAGGCGGGUCGAACAUUCACCACCAAACUGUUAGCUCACACGAACUGGUCACCAAAUCUUUGCACUCUGCCAGCAGAGCGUGAAAGCCUCACUGAUAUUUUUGGGGGACAGGUCACACCGGACAAAUUCAUGACGCAGCAAGCAUGCUUUUGUCCCAUCGUGAUUUGCAACAAAACAGAAGUUCGAGUCCAGAGCCUGGACCGACAGUGUUUACCCUAUCUAGAGCAGAAUUACCUCGGGGCAGGAGCACAAGGCACUGUAUACCGAGUGAAGAUUGCUAAGAGGCACUUUUACGACCCAGUCAUUGGCGGAACAAAUGACCAGCCGAAGGAAAUGGCACGCAAAGAUUACCAAUCCACCAAGGACAUGGAGAGAGACACUUUGAGGCAAAUUCUUGCCUGCGAUCGGGUGUGUCCAAAUAUCGUGGAUAUUUAUGGGGGCCUUGCCAUUGGCACAAACUACAGCAUCUUCAUGCCUCUAGCCUUGUGUGAUCUGAGCGCCUACAUGAGGGAAGACCAUCGAACCAGACCAGGCACCACAAUGGAGAAGACGGAUAUAAUUCAUUCAGCUCGAGGACUCGCACGAGGGCUGGAAUUUCUUCAUAAUGGAAUGAGGACCGCUGAAGGGGAUAAAAUGGUCUGUUACCAUUUGGACAUCAAGCCGAGCAACAUUUUGGUGUUCCUCGAAAAUGUUGGGGGUAGGCAGGAAGCCGUUUGGAAAAUUAGUGACUUCGGAAUGUCUCGCCUAAAAUUGAGAUCUCACGGAGAGGAGAAUGAGAAAGACUUCGGCGGGUGGUUUGUCCGGUUCCAACAGCCUAGGGAUGCAUCUACCUCGGCGGCCUCCAACAGACGCGGAGACGGCACUUAUAUUGGGCCCGAAUCCCUUUCAAAAUAUAGAGCUAUGAGAGAACAGAGCGAUGUGUGGUCUUUAGGAUGUAUCCUCAGUGUUGUUUUCGCAUAUUUAGAGGAGGGCAGCUCUGGCGUGGAAAAGUACGGAUUGAGAAGACUAAACCAUCGCAGCGCAGAUGGCUAUGAUCGCUUCUUUGUCACAGAUCCACUGUUCGGUCGACCAAAGAUCAACCCGGCGGUCACAAUCUGGCAUGACAAACUGAUUAAGAAAGCUAGGCAGAGGAGCUCCAAGGAAGGGGAAGCGGUGAAAUCAAUACUGACGUACCUAGUCCAAGCGGUUCUUCAGCCAGAACCAUCAAAGAGAUGCAGCGCCCAGCAAUUGGAAUCUAAGUUGCUCAGCACAUUCCGGAAGUACAGGGAUCUAGGAAAUGAGGUGAGCCCACAUUUGCUAGAGGAAGCGCCUGGCCUAGGCAGGGUGCUCCAGAGAAUAUACCUCGAUAGUUUGAUACGUGAGAGGCAAUAUCCCACCACUGAAAGACGCGUUGAGCAUUGGGUUCUGGGAGCCUCUGAGCCCUUUAAAGGCUGUGAGAUCUCUCCGGAUGGAACUGUGAUCGCCUUUUGGACUGAUACCAAACUUUCACUUUACACUUCGCAAUCUCUGCAACAAGAGAGUGCUGAUGGCAUACGCUCGGCUGCAGAAUAUCCGAUCCCGACAGUAGGAUGUCGUUGGAAGAGUAUCAGCCUUACGAGCAGACGUUUGAUAGCUUCCACCUCCGGAGGUCCUGUCCAAUGUUACAUCUUCAAACUACCAGUGGGGCCAUAUGUGGACGCCAAUCUUAGACCUUCGGAUCGAGUCUCCCUACCAACACUGCCUGAGAUUAAAAAGCUGGCUCUUGCACCUGGAAGUAGGAGAGUGGCUUGCAUUGUCGGCGACAAAGUUGAAGACCAAAAUUCAGGGUCUUUAUAUUUUGGCGACAUCAACUAUCCGAGUGAGUGGAGGGAGAAGUGUAAACUGGAUUGGCCGGCUGCAGACAUUGUUCAGUUAUCAUUCUCCACCGAUGACGACCUCUACAUGGGCCUUGAUAGUAGCAGCACGGUUGGUCUUUUCACCACUUUCGCUACGUUUCUCCAAAAGCCUCAUGUGUGUGUGCUUGUCACCCGAGAAAAGCAGUUGCACAUCCAAAGCCUCGCACAAGAGGACCUUCUGCCUUCUAUACAAUACGACAUCAAAAAUUACCGGGUGAUUAAGCUAAUGAUGGCUAAAAAUGACGACAAACUCUUCGCGGUGGGAAGGCGCGCAGCCCAUCACACGAUGCUUUUAUUGGAGAUUGCAAUACCGCCUCAGGCAACAAGGAGUUCCGUGACAGAGCUUGCUGAAAUUCCGGGGCUGAAAUAUAGCGAUGAGUUUGCCGAGAGGAUUGUCCAUGGCGAAGAAGAGAGUGUUGUGAUUCUUGCCGUUUUGAUGGGUGCAAAUCAAUGUCGCAUCUACAAAAUCACCGUGCCCAGGUCUAUGUAA